ACUUUACAUCCAGUGCUGAAAGGAACAAGAACCUCUUGUGCCGUGUUCAGGAGUGUCUUCUAUCACAUCGUUCGUUCACUAGUAAUAAAAAAGGUUAGUUCUUCAACUGUUUUUACAACUCAUUUGGUGGCGAUUGUUACUCCUUGUCUAGUGGAGCUUCCGCGUGUCAACUCACAGCUAAUCACAAUAGGAGAGGAAUGACGCCGCGUUGGGUGCUGCUGUGUCUGGUGGUGAUCGCGGUUGGCGUGACCAGUUCGCCGAUCAGUUCGCCAGACAGUUCGCCAGAGAGCGCAGAUGCAGCGAGCGGCCGUCAGGCGGUAGUCGCCGCCGCCAGCCCCGACGCGGGAGCGGCUGUAGCCGCCCCUGCCGCCCCCGCACCCGCCAGCUCCUCAGAAGACGACGAUGACGACGACGAUGAUGAUGAUGAUGACGAUGAUGUCGACCUGGACAUCACCGAGGAUGACGAUGAUGAUGACGAUGAUGACGAUGACGGCACGGCCAGCGACGAUGACGAUGAUGACGAUGAUGAUGAGGACUACUUCGAAAGGUUCUUUGACGAUAUCCUAGGAGAUGACGAUGACGACGACGACGAUGAUGAUGAUGACGAGAAGCCAUCAGCCUCACCUUCGGUUGUCGCCCCCGUGGUGCAGGCGGCACCGCCCGUAGUAGCGGCCCCCGGCCCGACACCCAUCCAGGGCCUGGCCGCCACCAACGUCGACUACAACAGUGCCGACUACGGCUCCGCCCCCGGUGAGCAGGUGAUCGCCCAGGAGGCGGCAAACUACGACGACGAACCGGUCGACGAGUCGCAACUGCACACCGUCACACUCACCACCUCUGACGUCACUGCCCCUGAAACAGCCCCUGCACCCGCACCCGCCCCCGCUGCACCCGUAUCCGACGAUGACGACGACGAUGAUGACGAUGACGAUGAUGACGAUGACGAUGACGAUGAUGACGAUGAGGACGAUGACGACAUCGAUAUCGAAGCCAAGCGUUCACCUGGUGGAAGAAGUAAUGCGCCUGAGGAAAUAAACAAUUCCACCGAGUCGAUUACCAGGAAGAACAAUAGAGUUGUAGCAAUAAUCUCUUGGUUUCGAGAUCAGCCACCUAGUGCCAUGCCAAGCAAAGAUAUGGUGCCGCCAGUGUACAUAGCCAAAUACAACAGGUUUGUGGACACGAUAAUGGAGCGAAUCAACCGAGUGCUGCGGAGGAGCUACGACCCGGUCAACGUGCGACUGCAGAACGCUUCCGAUGUCAAGACAAAAACAAAGCCCAAGAAGAACAAGACUAAGAGCAAGCGCAAGAACAAGGAGGGAUCCAAGGAUAGCGUCGAAAUUAAACAGAAGAAUGUUGAGACAAACACAACAGCUGAACCAGAACUUUUGACAACCUUCAUGACGACCGAAAAAUCAAUUGAGAAUGAAAUUGGCACCACCACCAAUGCGACCAUCCCUCCAGAACCAAGACGCCACUCAGAACGUGGCAGGAAGAAGCAGAACAAGAACAAGAAUAACAGGAAUAAGACAAAAACAAGCAAACCAAAGACAUCGCAGAGAGCCAAGGCUACCCUCUACGGCUUGUCCAGUCUGAAGAGAGAUGGCGAUGUCACUGUCAAUGUGAUGAACUCUCACACUACUGUCAAAACAAAGUUCAAUAUUGGACCGUUGGUGCUCAAAGUUGAAAAAGAGUUUGGGAGAGGUGCUAAGAAAGAAAUCAGAAGUGCCACCGCUACAACCGCUGAAAUGGUAGGCAAGCUGAACCUGAGGGUACUUCAUGGUGGAGCUGCUACCCUUCACUCAAUCAGGGUUUUACAGCCCAAACAGAUUCGACAGGUGAGAGUCGACAGUCUGGAUGAUCACGACAGGACGAGGGAGUUCGUGUGGCGUCGCUCUAGUCAUAUUGCGCAUCUCGUUUCUCAAAAACUCCUUUCAGCCACACGCUCAAUGCUGAAACCCCCGCCACAGCCAGCACACAAAAAAUAACCAAAUCCAUUGCAAUGUAAAUACUCUCAACUGGAAAAUUUACAACUAGAAAAUGGCAUUACGAAUAAAAUAUUAUUCAGGAGAAAACGUUCCGAGGAAAUGGAAAAGUGUAACAGAUCUUAUAGGAUGAUAAUGGAAAUCAUUAUUUUUCUAUUCAAAUGAAUAGAACUUCAUGAGAGAAUCAUUAUCAGUAAAUCUGAUAUAAAUUGUGUUCUAUUCUCUAUUUGUGGAAUAUCAAUAAUCUGAAAGCUUUCAAAUGAAAUAAAAUGAUUAAAUUCAUGAAUGUAUGAAUACAAAUACAUAAAUGAAUACAUAAAUCUCUUGGACAAUCUAUCAGAAAAUUUACGAAUACAUGAAUCUCUAUUCUUCAGGCAGGCUAUUCUAUUCUCUACUAUGAAAAUUCCAACGCUUUAAUAUUCUAGAAAAAUAACAUUGAUAAUGUUUGUCUUUCUGUUGUUACUCUUGAAGAUUAAUUUUAUCUUUUUUCUACAAAGUAGGCUACAUUCAUUGAGAAGUCACAACAUUUCAAGACUUUAUAGACAGACCUCACUUCAAAAUACUAUUGCCUUUGAAUAUAAAACAUAAUUAAAGAAUAAAAAGAUUAGCAAUGUUCCCAAUAAUUUCAUAAUACGUCUCAUUCAAAAGCUUAAUACUGUACAGUAUAAUAAUGUCAUGACUCUGAACUUCUAUGAUGUAUCUAAUUAUUCCAUGACUUAAUUAGGUACAGUACUUAUCAUUACAAUUGCUUUUGCAAUUUGUAAUUCCAGUUCUUGUUGGAAUAAUUUAUUGAAGGAGAAUCAAAUCUCGUCUGACUAAUUUAUUUUGUAAUGUGUUUUGGACACUUUGUCUUUUUGUAUGUGAGUAGUAAUUUAUUGUAGAUUUUUUUUACUUUUGUAUAAUAUUUCCAAUAAAUAAAAGAUUAAUGAACAAUGA